AUGGACUCCCAAUUUGACUUCAACAUCUUGGAAAACCCGUUCGGGCAGCCGACGAUUCCCUUGGAGUUUCCAUUCCCGGCGCCAGAGAACUUGAAUGCACAUGCGAGUGAGUUCUCGAUCCUCGGGACGUUCCUUGAGACCAUUUCCAGCUGUAAAUACUCGGAGGUAUACACCUACAAUGAGUUCCGCCACCCGAACAAGCCGGUGCAGUUGUACAACAAAGAGGCGCCGUUCCACAAGGACAUGUUGAGCCACAUGCGCGAGAAGCUCGCGCACGACGAGAAGUUGGCAGCCAUCGUAGCGCAAGUCGUGGCGCAAGAGGUCGCGAAUGGGCUCGUCAAAGACGACGCGGCAUCACGCGCAGCACGCUACGAGCAGGUGAAGACGUUCAUGGCGGAGUAUUACGCUACGCACAACCAGACAAACUUCCCCAAAUUUGAAAGCUUGCCGCUCUUGCGUGUCAGCUACUUUACGGUUAUGAAGAUCUUCACCAAGAUCUUCCCCCAAGGCAUCUGGUGCAACAAACAUGAGUUUCUUGUGCUCCAUGCUAAGCUCUACGCGGACCCAAUGUCGGUCAUCUUCUGUCCGAGCCACAAAUCGCAUGUGGACUACAUGAUCAUUCACUUGCUCUGCAUUCAGUUUCAGCUCUCGCUCCCCGCAGUCAUCGCGGGCGACAACUUGAACGUGGCGGUGUUUGGAAAGCUUUUGCAGAACAUGGGCGCGAUCUUCAUCAAGCGCACGUUCGCGGGUGACUUCUACACGGGCGAAAAUUUGCACCACUUCACCGAGUAUUUGUUGCGCAAGAAGGUGAACUUUGAGGUGUUUAUUGAGGGAACCAGAUCGCGCAAUGGGAAGCUUUUGUUGCCAAAGUUCGGGAUCAUGAAGAACAUCGUGAGUAUCGUGGCGCAGGACCGCGCGCGCGGCGGUGCGUUGGACGUGUUGAUGCAGCCGGUUGCGAUCCAGUACGAGGAGUUGUAUGAAAGCGAUGGCUACAUGAACGAGUUGAUGGGUAACGACAAAAAGUCCGAGUCGUUUUUGCGCAUCAUCAACGCGGGGGUGAGCAACAUCUUGCCAUCUUGGAGCAACGAGGUUGCCCAGGGAAAGGGCAGGAUCUUUGUGAACUUGGGCAAAUCAUUCAAGCUCCACGACUUUCUCGCGCUGCCAAAGCAACAGGCGCUCAGUGCGAGCGAAAACAUCAUCAGCUUGGGCUUCAAAACGCUCCAUGCGGUCAAUCGUUCCGCGUACAUCCCCGAUAUCGCGCUUGUCACGACUGCGCUCUAUGUCCACUACUACAACGCGUACGAUAAGCUUGAUCACACCGUGGAUGAAGCGAGGUACAAGAAUACGUCGGGCCAGGUGAAGUACAAGAACAAAAUCACGCUUGUGAGCACGUACGACGUGGUGGAUGAGAUGAAAUGGUUGGUGGAGCAUCUUGUCUCACACGACACGCUGUACAAGUAUUUGCUGGAUAUCACGCGUAACCACCUGCGCGGGGAGUUGGCAAAGUUGAUAGAGGUAAACGUGGGCAAGUUUUUGGGCAAGAGCAUCAAGGUGGUGAAGCCGUCGGGGGGACAUCUCAGGGUCGUAGAGAAACACGAAUUGCGAAUCGAGAGCUCCAUUGAAAUGAUGUACUACAAGAACCUCAUGCUCCACUUGUACAUCGAAGAAAGUAUCUUAGCCUUGGUAAUCCUCCUCCUCAGCCGUUUCAGCUACAACUACAACAAGAUUCUCACUAAGCGCAAAAUCACCCGCGUGUACCAUUUCUUACGCAGCACCUUCCGCAUGGAGUUCUUGUACGUGCUGAAAAUUGAUGUUUUUUUGGACAGGUUCUUGAAAAGUGGAUUUAUCGUGAAGACAGACGAAGAUUUGGCCCAAAACCAAGCAAUUUACGAGGUUACCAAUAAGCCCGCGUUGAUGCGGUUGUCACUUUUUGUAAAGCCGUUUUUGGAGACGCUCCAGCUCUGUCUCCACAACCUCCACUCGAUUUUGAUCAGGGAUCAGAACGAGGGCAUCUCCGUAAAACAGUUAUUGAAGCAGAUCCAGUUGGGGAAGCCACAUUAUGAUAUUAAAUAUCACGAAUCGAUUAACAAGAUGAACUUGGUGAACGUCAUCUGGUUACUCAACGAUACCAGAACAACGGAGAUGUACAAAAAGAAGGAGAAAAAGGGUACGGUGGAGGCGUUGCGGAUCAUCAAGGAGGAUUACUUUAUGCGGUUCAUGAACUUGAUUGACUUCAUAUAUUAUUAUGAUGGGAACUACUCGAUGAACCAAAAGCUUUUCUUUACGUACGGGGAUUACGAGUUCAAGAGCGAGGUGAUUAGCAUGGUGGAUUUUGUGCAGCUGAGAAGGGUGACGAAGUUGUAA